UUGAGUCUUCAUUCCGUUUAGAGGUUAAAAGUACUGAAAAUACACGCCUGUGCUCCUUUUCUCUCUCUUGACAUCAGGCUAUUUCUUCUAAACCCAAAACAAAUUUCAUCCUUCACACGUCUCUCGCAGCCGCCGAAUCUUUUUCUGGUGUUUUAUCGAGUAAUAAAAUGAAGGGAAAAGAAAAGGAAAAUUCCCUUAUUUUUGGUUCAGUGGAACACACUCGUUAACGGAGCGUGGUACAACAACAUCCCGACGACUCUCGCCAACAGGCGAGGCUUUUCACAGACUGAUAGUGUAGAAAUCACCAGCAACCAAAACAUUAUCCAUUUAGCAAAAGGAGAAGUUCCCGCGGACGAAAAUGAGCUACACCUGUCAAUCGUUAAACUCAUUGGCGCCGUUAGUGUUUCCCGUUAAAAGAUACGGCAUAUCCAUUCCUCCUUCAAAAUUCCGGUGCCGAAAAACUAGAAAAUCAUCGCCAAUGAUACUCUACAGUCGUCUCGAUAACUCUACUGAUACUCAACAGCAACAACUUAAUCUCUCCGUUCUUCGUUUCACUCUCGGAAUACCGGGAUUGGAUGAAUCAUAUUUGCCUCUGUACAUAGGCUACGCAUUUGGUUCUCUUUUGGUAUUGAAUCACUUUCUCGGUUCGGAUUCAUCUGCCAUUACCGCUGCACAGCUCAGAACGGAAGUUUUAGGUGUUUUUUUGGCUGCUUUUUCUGUUAUGGUUCCCUACCUUGGAAAGUUUCUUAAGGGUGCUCUUCUAGUAGAAGAAAGAAAUGUUCCUGAAGAUGCUGAGCAAGCCUUUGUCAUCUCAGAAGAAAUAUCAGAUACUCUGAAGGAGGAUUUGGCUUGGGGAACAUAUGUUUUGUUGCGCAACACAAGCACCAUAUCAGUGCUAUUUUCACUUCAAGAUACAAUUUGUGCUCGUGGCUACUGGAGAAUACCAAAAGAUGUGUCGAAAGAUCAGUUAUGUGAUUGGUUUGAGAAACAGAUCCAGCAAAGUGGUUUUCGUAAUUUGAACGAGAUACUUUAUUUUCCGGAGGUCUCAGACUCUGAACUGUUGGAGAUGCUUCCAAAAGGAACCCGUGCUCUCCUUGUUCAACCGGUAUUACAAACUGAAACCUCAGAUUCCGGCCAGAAGUGGAAGAAAGAUGUUUUUGUGCUUGUGGCUUCCAGCAACAGUUAUGCAUACAACAAUAAGGAUAGAGCCUGGGUUGAAGCUGUUGCAAAGAAGUUUGAAGGCUACAUUCUGCCAGCUGAUCGGGCAUAUAGCAUCACAUAAAGCAGGGAUGCAAUAAUAUGGUCUAGAGGUGCAUGGAACCUGAACAUCCCCUGUCAUAAACAUCAUUGGCCCUCAUAAGGUUUGGAAGAAUGGUCAAUGGUGAAUCUAAUCAAGUCCGCAAAUUCCAUGCAAGGACAUUAAUACAAUUUUGUCAAAGUGUCAUGACCUGCAAUAACACUUGGUCCUCGUGAUUUUUGAUAUCAAGAUGCUGAAUCAUUUUCACAUCUGAAUUCUCUAAAUAGAGCUUGCACUGAGGAGCUUAGUUUGGUUCUGAUUUGAAUACUGUUUGAAAUGUUCUGGGGAUAAAACUGCUUCUAGGAGAGAUAGAAUCAUUGUUUAAACUGCAUUGACUGUCUGCUUUAAUCCAAAGGUUGCUAAAUAUGGAUAGUGGUACUUAUAGGAAAAAAACCCAAAGAGAUAAGACCCUAUGGAGUAUGGAAAAUGUGGUUAAAAAUCUAUAAUCGGAUCCUCUAUGACAAUGACCAAAUUGAUUAUCUUCGUGCAUUAGAAUACUAUAUUACCUACUCAUGUUCCAGUUUAUGUGAACCUAUUUCCUUUUUGGUUCGUUCCAAAAAGAAUGACCCCUUUCUAAA